AUGUUUCUAUAUCUCUCUGCAGUGAGUCGUGUCAACCCUUCUCUGUUUUAUCCACCUUUCUUUCUUUCUUUCUCUCUUUCUUUCUUUCUUUCUUUCGUUCGUUCGUUCUUUCUUUCUUUCUUUCUUUCUUUCAUUCUCUUCAAGUUUUCCUUUGUCAUAUUCACUUUCCAUUCUUUCUUUCUUUCUCUUUUCCAGCCCUCCUCUGUUUUAUCCACCUUUCUUUCUUUCUUUCUUUCUUUCUUUCUUUCUUUCGUUCUUUCUAUCUUUCUUUUUUCUUUCUCUUCAAGUUUUCCUUUGUCAUAUUCACCUUCCAUUCUUUCUUUCUUUCUCUUUUCCAGCCCUCCUCUGUUUUAUCCACCUUUCUUUCUUUCUUUCUUUCUUUCUUUCUUUCUUUCUUGCUUUCUUUUCAAGUUUUCCUUUGUCAUAUUCACCUUCCAUUCUUUUUUUCUUUCUCUUUUCCAGCCCUCCUCUGUUUUAUCCACCUUUCUUUCUUUCUUUCUUUCCAUUCUUUCGUUCUUUCUUUCUUUCUUUCAUUCGUUCUUUCUUUCUUUCUUUCAUUCUCUUCAAGUUUUCCUUUGUCAUAUUCACUUUCCAUUCUUUCUUUCUUUCUCUUUUCCAGCCCUCCUCUGUUUUAUCCACCUUUCUUUCUUUCUCUCUUUCUUUCUUUCUUGCUUUCUUUCUUUCUUUCGUUCGUUCGUUCUUUCUUUCUUUCUUUCUUUCUUUCUUUUUAUUCUUUCAUUCUCUUCAAGUUUUCCUUUGUCAUAUUCACCUUCCAUUCUUUCUUUCUUUCUCUUUUCCAGCCCUCCUCUGUUUUAUCCACCUUUCUUUCUUUCUCUCUUUCUUUCUUUCUUUCUUUCUUUCUUUCUUUUGUUCGUUCUUUCUUUCUUUCUUUCUUUCUUUUCAAGUUUUCCUUUGUCAUAUUCACCUUCCAUUCUUUUUUUCUUUCUCUUUUCCAGCCCUCCUCUGUUUUAUCCACCUUUCUUUCUUUCUUUCUUUCCAUUUUUUCUUUCUUUCUUUCUUUCUUUCUUUCUUUCUUUCUUUCUUUCUUUCUUUCUUUCUUUCUUACUCUCCAUCUGCACCUGCUUUCAUCGAUUAGUCUUUCCUUCUAUACUUCGAGCAUCUCUCUUUGUUUUUCCUUUCCUCGUCCUAAAUUUUUCUUCGCCCAAGGCGACAUUGUCUUUUUUAUGUUAUGUGUGUUCUUCUACCACAUCCAACUCACUCUUUAUCAAUGUGGCAUUUCUCUCUUUCCCUCUCUCUCUCUCCCUCUCUCUUCCAUACUUGUCCUUACAUCUUUCUUUCUCUCUUACUCUCUUUCAUGCUUUCUUUGAUCCCCUUUCUUUUACUCUCCUCAACUCUCUCUCUCUCUCUCUCUCUCUCACACACACAUCUUUCUCUUUUUAUUUCUUCGAUACUCUCUCUAACAUACUUCUUCUUCCUCUCUUUUAUACGCUAAGACUUUUCUGUUUCUCUCUUUCAUACUCUCACAUCUUUCUCUCUCAAACCCUCUCCGACAUAUUAAUCUUUCUUUCUUUCCUACUCUCUCUGAUAUAUUUAUCUCUCUCUCUUUCUCUCUCUCUUUCUCUCUCUCUUUCUCUCUCUCUCCUUAAUAUUUCUACUUCUCACCUUGUUACUCUCUCUCACUCUCUCUCUCCCUCUCUCUCUAACAUCUGUUAUUUUUCUUCUUUUUUUCACUUUCUUAUAUCUUUCUUCUUUUUCUUUUUUCAUACUCUUAUAGCUUCGCUAAACCCCUUCUCUCACUCUCGUUCUCAUAAUCUCUCUACUCCUUUUCUUUCUUCUCCUAUUCCCUCUUGCUCACUUUUUUUCUUCUCUUAUCCAAGCCUCCUUUCAAUAUCUCUAUCUCUGUCUGUCCCGUUCUCUCUCUCUCUCUCUCUCUCUCUCUCUCUCUCUCUCUCUAUCUAUCUAUCUGUCUUUAUUUUCUUCUUCUUCUUCUUCUUCUUCUUCUUCUUCUUCUUCUUCUUCUUCUUCCUCUUCUUAUUCUUCUUCUUCUUCUUCUUUUUUUCUUUCUUUCUUUCAUCAUCUUCUUUCCUCUUCUUCCUCUUCCUUUUCUUCUUCUUCUUCUUCUUUUUCUUUCUUUCUUUCAUCAUCUUCUUUCUUCUUCUUCCUCUUCCUUUUCUUCUUCUUCUUCGUCUUCUUUUUCUUUCUUUCUUUUCUUUCUUUCAUCUUUUUUCUUCUUCCUCUUUCUUUUCUUCUUCUUCUUUUUCGUCUUCUUUUUCUUUCUUUCUUUCAUCUUCUUUCUUCUUCUUCCUUUUCUUCUUCUUCCUUUUCUUCUUCUUCGUCUUCUUUUUCUUUCUUUCUUUCUUUCUUUCUUUCUUUCAUCUUCUUCUUUCUUCUUCAUCUUCCUUUUCCUCUUCUUCUUCUUCUUCGUCUUCUUUUUCUUUCUUUCUUUCUUUCAUCUUCUUCUUCUUCCUUUUCUUCUUCGUCUUCUUUUUCUUUCUUUCUUUCAUCUUCUUCAUCUCUUCCUUUUCUCUUCUUCCUCUUCUUCUUCUUACUCCUCCCCCUCUUCCGUCUUCUUCUUUUUCUUCUUCUUCUUCUUAA